AUGUCCUCCAUUAGCAAGCAGCUGUCUUCCAUCAGCUGUGCAGGCAAGAGGCCUUCUUCCUCCUCCGCUGAGAUCCGAUUGGUUUUGCUCGGGGAGACUGGCAGUGGAAAAAGCUCCACCGCCAACUCCAUCUUGGGCCGUAAGGUCUUCGACGCAAAGGUUAGCAGCUCCUCCGUCACCCGACGCUGCUGCGCCGUCUCUGGAGAGUUUCGUGGGCGACACUUAAAGAUCCUCGACACUCCGGGUCUUCUGGACACCAAUCAGACCCCACAGGAGGUGCAGAAGGAGUUGAGGAGGAGUGUUAGCCUCCUGUACCCAGGCCCCCAUGUGUUCCUUCUUGUUAUCCGGAUUGGGAGGUUCACUCGGGGGGCGAAUGAGGCCGUGCGGCAGAUAAAACAGGCAAUAGGUUUCCAUGCUUUGAAUUUCUCCGUGGUGGUUUUUACCCACGGAGACCUUCUGGAAGAGAGGACAUCCAUAAAGCAUUGUCUAAUAGACGUGUCCAAGGAUUUAGCCGAGUUGGUGGGCGGAUGUGGCGGCAGGUACUGCGUCUUCAACAACCAGACUUACAAGAAGGAUCAGGUGUCAGAGCUGCUUGUCUUGGUGGACAACAUGAUGCAGAGUAAUGGAGGAACGUGCUACGGCAGCAAGAUGCUCCAGAAAGCAGAGGAGGAUCUGACUCGGGAGCUGCAGGAGGAGAGGCGGCUGCUGAUAGGUAAGGAGGAGCUGUACAACAAGCAGGAGGCGGCCAUAAGAGAGUUUUAUGAAAAACAGCUACAGAUGGUUCAGCUAAAAAACAAGAGGGAGACGGAGGAGCUGGAGAAAAAACAGGAGCUGGAGCAGCAGAAGGGGGAGAAAAUGGCAAACGAUCUGCAGGAGGCCUUUAGACAAGUAGUGGAGGACUAUGACAAGAAGGAGAAGGAGGGGAGGAUACAGGAGAUGGUGAGAGUGAUGGAGAUACGUAAAGAGGAGGAGGAGAAGAGGGCCUCUCUUCAAGAAGCGCUCGACAAAGUCACUAAAACACUUGAGGAGCAGGAAGAACAGGUGCAGAGAAUGAGAAGAGCAAUGGAGGAGAAGAUCCAACAGGAUGAAAAGAAGGAGAAGGAGAGGGAACUUCUGCAAAUACAGAAAGAGCAGGCCAUCAUCCAGAGGGAGGAGAUGAGGAGAGACGCUCUGGAAAAAGAGCUGGAUGAGGUCACCCAGUGCUUGGAGGAGCAGAGCACGAGGGAGGGGGACAGGAAAAAGCAAAUGGAGGACCUGCUCCGACGCGAGAGGGAGGAGCGCAAAAGAGAAAAAGAGAUUCAGCUGGAGAACCAGAGAGCGGAGAAUAGGAGAGCCACGGCCCUCAAGCACGAGCUGAAACUGGCCAGGGCGGAGGUUGCGCAACAUAAAGUGAGUGAGGAAAACCUCAAGAGACAGCUGGAGGAGAUCCUGCAGAGGGAGAGAGAAAGGAAGGACACGGAAAUGCAUACUUUGAAAAAGCAGUUUGACAAGAAGUUGUGCAACAAGACGACCCAUAAGAAGCCUGCGGAGAGACACGGUACCAUGACGACUGUUGCUGGAUAUGCACAUGAGAUGGGACUGGUGGGGCUGAACGCAGCUUUACAGACUGUCAGAGCUCCCUGCUGUAUACAGUAACACACUGUGGAUUUAUCAUUUCAAAGCACAAAUAAACGCAUUGUUGCUGUGAUCUUUUCAUGCAAAUGUCGAGGUACACUAUAGUGUGACCUCAAAAUUGUUAUUAGAUUGAACCUUUAAUUCACUUGGAAAGGGCAUUUAAAUGAAAGCAAUGGGAUUUCAACAAAACAGAUUUAAUUCCAGUGUGUCCUAAAUCAGCAAAUGUACGAAAAUAGUACACGCUCUCAAAAAUCCCAGAGAUAAUCUGAUUAUCAACUCCCAGCCUCUGGUUUGAACCGCCUGUCUCCGACUCCACGAUCUAGAUGUGUAUUCAAACAAAACCCUGCAGCCAUUAAAGAUCAAAUAUGGCGUGCAGUGCUAUUUUAAGUGCUCCUCACCGGUGCUUCAACUUCAGCUGUGCCAUCUGGUCCUGCCCCCGGGCCAAAAAGAUCUGCUUUUAUCCACGUGUGUGUGUGUGUGUGUGUGAGAGAGAGAGGGAGCUGUCCAUGGUAAAUGAUUCUACUACAAACAGCUGGUUAGCUUAUAUUAGCAUAAAGUCUGGAAAGGGGGGUAAGUCAAGAGGUAAAUCACCACUAGCAAAAUGAUGUGAUCAUAAAGUUUGAGCUAUUUGGCUGCAUUUACAUCAUAGAACAAAGAAGGUAAAGUUCCCUCAGCGCCUAAAGCAGGGUUUUACUUUUCCAAUGUCAGUGCAGUAUUUAACGUUUAAACGCAAAUCAGUAGGACGUCCUGGUACUUUUGUCAUUCUGCAUUUGACCUACUACGCAAUGGGACAUGCUCAAUCUUUUUCCGGCUUAAUUGUUUGAGUUUUAGUGGUUGUUGUAACA